CUCAUUCAGAGUGGAAACGUUUUGCUGCAUUGAAGUUCCAAUACAGUGAAGGAUACUAUAAUGGAUUUCCAGUAUAUAUACCUGAUAGUAAUCGUUGCAUUCUGCUCGGAGAUUUCUGGGCAAUUGUAUCCUAACCGCAGUAUAGAGCUACAUGCUAUUGACGGGUACAUUUCGGUAAACAUAUACAAUGGUACUGACGCAGAAAUAAAUGAUUAUCCAUGGCAGGCAGCUUUGUUGUAUAAGUCUGGUGAUUAUUGGUAUUUUAUCUGUGGGGGAUCACUUAUCAGUAACCGACACGUAUUGACGGCGGCGCAUUGUGUUGACGGUGACGUUAAUGCGCCAGGACGUUUUGGCAUUUUACUUAAUACUGCCGUACUUAGUCUUAAUGGUAAAAUAGAUGUGGAGAAAAUAACAAUGAGUGAAUUUUAUGACUCCUCGGAAUUUCACAGUGACUGGGCCGUUAUCACAAUGUCAAAGGAUGUACAAUUAGGAGUUGGGGUAAACACAAUUCCAUUAGCAGAGACGUACGAAGAACUUAAUAACUGCGUAAUUACUGGUUGGGGUACUGCACAGAGGGACGGUCCAAUACAUACUACACUCCAGAAAGGUGUAGUCGAUAUAAUGCCAUGGUUACAAUGUAGACAAUUAUGGGGAAAUUGGAUUACAGAUGACAUGACCUGCGCAGGUAGCGGGUCAGUAGGUGUGUGUUCGGGGGACAGUGGAGGACCGUUAGCUUGUUAUGAUGUACGUCAAGACCGCCUUGUUCUUCAUGGUAUUACAAGCUGGGGUCCUGUUCCAUGUGGAGCAGAUGGCCUUCCAGAUGGAUAUGCUCGCGUUAGCGUAUUUCGUGAUGUUAUUAUGGAUGUAGUGAAUGAACAAACUACCACUGAGGCUCCAAUUACUACUCCAAUUGUAUCCACUGCCGCUCCCACUACCACACCAGUUGCAGCUACCGCUGCUCCCACUACCACACCAGUUGCAGCUACCGCUGCUCCCACUACAACACCAGAUGCAGCUACCGCUGCUCCCACUACCACACCAGUUGCAGCUACCGCUGCUCCCACUACCACACCAGUUGCAGCUACCGCUGCUCCCACUACCACACCAGUUGCAGCUACCGCUGCUCCCACUACAACACCAGAUGCAGCUACCGCUGCUCCCACUACCACACCAGUUGCAGCUACCACUGCUCCCACUACCACACCAGUUGCAGGCACUGUCGUUCCCGAUGGAGGAGGAAACAACGAAAAAGGACGAGGAAAAGGACAUGGAAGGGGAGGAAAAGAAAAAAAGCAGUGA